AUGAAGCUUCAGCAAGUAGAUGGAGGGCUUUAUGCUGAAAAAUGGUGUAUUCCUGCCCAUCGGUUUGGAGCUUGUCGGGAAGCAACUCCUUUCGAUGUUCGUCUACAACAACGUUUCCAACCAAGAUGUAUACCGAUUGGAGUAUUUGACGGUAUACAAAACUUGUCAGAAUGUAUGGGGCUUUGUUUAAAUCAAUCAGAAUGCCAUACAAUUUCAUUCCACACACCAACAGGUCAAUGUCUCCUUCACAGAGAAUAUUUAUUACCCAUUUAUAUGGAACAAACAGACGUUGACUGGACGUUGGCAGCAAAUGGGUGUGUUGAAAAGAAGGGAUAUCAAGUUCCAGUGGUGGACAAUGAGGAGGGGGAAAUGGAACAAAAAACGAAGAAUUACAAGUUAUUUUCUGGAGGAUUUGGACAACAAAGGAUUGAGUUAACUAAUAUAAACAACAAGAAAGAAUUUUUAAAAUCAACAGGAUGUGGAGACGGAAAUUUGUUUUUAAAUAAAUUAUUUAAUUUUGCCCGCCAGAAGAGGAAAGUAAUUUAG